AUGACGUCGCAGCAGAUGCCGUCCCAAGGCGACCCUGACCCUGUUAAGGGCCUGCUACUCCGGAAUGCGCCAUUGGCCUUGGACCCUGACGACAACGACGACGACCUUGACUACGCCUUCCGAACCUUGUCCCUCGCGUACCACAUACACCAGACGACACACAACCAGCAGCUCUUCAAGAUGCCUGGUCUCGCCAUGGAACCCGUCACAACCGACGAUGUGCGAAUUCUCGGUCAGGACCCCCUCAUCCCGCCGGCGCUCCUCAUCUCGGAGCUGCCCAUGACCGAGGCGGCCAUGCAGACGGUCGUCAAGGGCCGCGACGAAGCCUCGAACAUCGUCAUGGGCCGCGACGACCGCCUCCUGGUCAUCAUCGGCCCCUGCUCGAUCCACGACCCGGCCACGGCGCUCGAGUACUGCGACAGGCUGCGCGCCGUCGCCGACCGCCUCAACCAGGACCUCUGCAUCGUCAUGCGCGCCUACCUCGAGAAGCCCCGCACGACGGUGGGCUGGAAGGGCCUCAUCAACGACCCCGACAUCGACUCGACGUUCCAGAUCAACAAGGGCCUGCGCGUGUCGCGCCAGCUCUUCCGCGACCUCACGGCCAAGGGCAUGCCCAUUGCGUCCGAGAUGCUCGACACCAUCUCGCCCCAGUUCCUCGCCGACUUCAUCUCGGUCGGCGCCAUCGGCGCGCGCACCACCGAGUCGCAGCUCCACCGCGAGGCUCCGCCUCGGGCCUCCUCGUUCCCC